AUGGCUUCAGCCGGUGGCCGAAGAUGGCAGCAAUUCUUCCAGGAAAUGCUGAUGGUUGCAGGCACUUCUGCGUCCGCGUACUUCCUCAUUCGCUACCUCUUAUCGCGCCUUGAUUUCGACCCCGAAAGUCAGAAGAAGGAGGAACAACGGCAGAAGUCCGCGGCCAUCUUACGGCGAUUGGAGGGUGGGAAUGAAUCAGAUGACGAGUCGCCACGCAGAGGUGGUAAGCGAGGGAAAGGGCAACGAAAGCGAGAUCUCACCUUGAGUCAAUACGAACAAGCGAUUGCGAUGGAUGUCGUUGCGCCAGAGGAUAUCUCGGUGUCAUUCGAGGACAUCGGGGGCCUUGACGAAAUCAUUGAAGAACUUAAGGAGUCGGUCAUUUACCCGCUGACAAUGCCUCAUCUCUACGCUUCUACAUCGUCUCUGUUGACUGCGCCUUCUGGCGUUCUCCUGUACGGUCCGCCCGGCUGCGGAAAGACCAUGCUUGCCAAAGCUUUAGCCUCGGAGAGUGGAGCAUGCUUCAUUAAUUUGCACAUUUCGACGUUGACAGAGAAAUGGUAUGGUGACUCCAACAAACUGGUCAAUGCAGUGUUCUCCCUCGCGCGCAAGUUACAACCCGCUAUCGUCUUCAUUGAUGAGAUUGACGCUGUACUUGGUACUCGGAGAAGUGGUGAGCACGAAGCCAGUGGUAUGGUGAAGGCAGAAUUCAUGACCCAUUGGGAUGGUCUUACAUCGGCCAACUCGACGGGCGAGCCCCAGCGUAUCGUUGUCCUGGGAGCGACCAACCGCAUUCAGGACAUCGAUGAGGCCAUUCUCCGAAGAAUGCCCAAGAAAUUCCCUGUGACCCUUCCUCCUAUGGCCCAGCGUCUUCGCAUUCUCAGCUUGAUUCUCAAAGAUACGAAGGUCGACCGUGAUAACUUCGACCUGCACUAUCUCGUCAAGGCUAUGGCCGGUAUGUCCGGUAGCGACAUCAAGGAAGCAUGUCGGGAUGCAGCGAUGGUCCCUGUGCGGGAGUUGAUUCGUACGAAGAAAGCCAACGGGAUGCAGAUGGAUGCAAUGGAUCCCCAAGAAGUCCGCGGACUUCGCACAGAAGACUUCUUCUCGCGCGCUGGUGGUAUCAAAGUCAUUCCCCAGCCUACUCCAUUAACCACUGCCGGUAAAGUCGUCGAGAAGGAAGAUGGUGACUGGAGCACGGAGUCUGAUGCUACAUCUGAAGCUGAGACUCGGCACUCUGUGAUGGCUGAGCCACCUGAGUAA